CACCGCUCGAACACUCGCCGCCCCUCACACCUCGCACGGCGCUCCAGGAUAAUUGGCAAGCCCAUUGAUCCGCAAUUAUCUUGGAGUCGCUAUUUCCAGACGAUCGUUCGACUAUAUAAACACCAGACGCCAUGGCCCCAAUCACUGCCGAAGCUGCCAGGCCUGUGCAGAAACAGCAGGCGCGCCGCCCACUCUCGCGCAUUGUGCCUGCCAUCCCCCACCGCCUGUCGCGCCCCGUACCAGCUGCAAGGCCAAUCACCCCUGAAGAGUCGCACAGGGGUGCUGUGACUCAGCAGAAGCAAGAGCCAACGCCGCAAACUCAACAGCUGGUAGUGGAAGAGAAGAAAGUGGAGCUGCAACCGGCAGAAGCUGUGCAGACACCCUUGACACCUGAGUCCAAGACUUUUGUCGAGAAACCUGAAGCUGAGGUAGAAGCCGAAGCUCCAGCAUUAGCAAGCUCGCCGGUGAAGUUGCAAGACGAAGAGGUGAAGCAAGUAGCCGAACCUUCAGUCCCGCUUACAAAUGACGAAUCGAACCACGUCCACGAUGCCCCUCCAGCUACCGAAGUCGACAGCAAGCCGCUCACAAACGGAGUGCAUCGGAAGGAGCUCCCACCUCCCUUCUACCCAUCGAACAUGAGUGGCAUGCACACGCCUGUUGUGGAAAACCAUGACAACGUCUUCUAUCCAGCUCGGCCAAGUGUCGAUGGCGCCAUGGGCGGUAUUGUGCAGGAUUCGCUAGCUCAACCCGCAACCCCUCACGGCUAUAAGGCUGCUGGACAUGGACAUGGACAAUCUGUGCCGCGUAUUCCACCGGGCUUUGCUCCGCCAGACUUCACGCCCUCCUUCUUCCCUGGGCACUCCCAUCACCCUUCGGACGCCGGAGCGCCUUGGCUCUACCCACCGUACUCCAUGCCUCCUCCUCCAGAGCCCAUGUAUGGCAAUGGGAGCGAAUUCCAGUCGCCGCCUUUCAGUGCUCGUCCUUCUGCAUUCCCUGACCCGUACCAAGGCCACUUCUCGCCUGAAGACCCACGUUUUGCUACGAACGGCAUCGCUACUUCGCACUCGCAAUCACCCAGCAAGUCACAGUUCGGUGAGCCUUUGCCUAUUGCUGACCGGGCCGAGGUGCAGCACGCACAGCCUCAGCAAAACGGUGCUGGACCUCGAUCUGAUGAGAUGAGUGAAUCGCCGUUCGAGCUGGCUUCCUACCUGUCCACGCAGUUCGGCAACCCAGAGUUUGCAGACUUCGUCUUGCAAGUCCGUUCACCGGAGUUCCAGUAUAUGUCCAUACCUGUGCAUGGAAUUGUGGUGGUCCGCAGUCCUGUCAUUGCCAAGGCCGUUCGUCGCAGCAUUCCUCCCGCUCAUCGAUCCAGGGACUCGCGCCGUCUUGUUGAUGUGCUUACCACAAACCCAUUCGUCGCUACAGAGUCAAUCCAAGAGGCCAUUAAGGUGCUCUACGGCGCGCCGCUUCUGUCCGUGCAGGCCUUCCUGUACGGUCUCGGCCAUUACACGCCGGAGGUGCCGCAUGCGCAGGUUACCAAGGAUGCUCGGAGGCGUAUGGACCAGCUUCUGAGCUACAUUGCGGCCGGCAGUGUCUUGCAAAUUCCCAGCAUGCAAGCACGGGGUGUCGAGAUCGCCAAAGCGCUGCUGCGAUGGGAUACCGUCGAGCAGGUUCUUCAUUAUGGUCUUCAUGCGGCAAGAUCGACCUCGCCAUCAAACACUGAAGGAGCCGAAGUCCAUGACCCCUUCGCUACAGAGCUCCUGAACGCAGCCAUCGACUUCGUUGCGUACAACUUCCCCAGUGACUUCAAUCUGUACAGAAUCGCUUCGGAACUCCAAGACGACCCCCGCCUGCUCAGCGUCACUGAGGCGCGCGCGCCGGCACACAACCCACGGCUGAGCAAGAUUCGUUUCGGAGAUGCGCCUACGGACGAUGACACUCAAGCAAGUCCAGUGUCAAGAACACUGUCUAGCAUCCUUCUUUCAUUGCCACUUCCUCUUCUCGACCGCUUAUUCAACCACCGUGCAACCGCCAACCAGAUUGGAUGGACUGGAGCUGCCAAAGUAUUGCACGACGUUGUGGAUGAGCGCGAAAGUCGUCGCCAGAAGGCUGUUCGAGGUCAGCUGCAGCUAGACAGUGCAGCGUCAAGUGCUCUCUUGGACAAUCUGUACAUUGAGGAGCGCGUUGACCAUGUUGGCGCUUCACCUCUCCACCCUUCCGGCUAUAUGAUAUCGGCGCAUCGUGCGAAUGGCCAGGCCUGAUUCGACCCUUUCGAUACAUAUGACGUUGGUUCUUCGACCUGGAUAUACUGACAUGUUCGAAUCACCUCG